CAUAAACAUGAAGUGUCUUUUAUGGUGUAUGAGGACUUGGGUGCUGCUGGCAUUGAUGGGAAGUGGAAGCAGCAUGAGGUGCUUGGAAGAAGAGAGGAAUGCGCUGCUCGACAUCAAGGCCGCCUUCAACGGCCCGAGUGGGUCUUCUCUUCCAUCGUGGCUAGACGGCAGCGGCGGUGGCGACUGCUGUGGCUGGGAAGGCGUCGUGUGUGAUGACACCACUUUGCGAGUGGCUCGAUUGUACCUGAACGAUACCCGCGAUUCGGAAUUGAGAGCUUGGGUGAUCAACGCCUCUUUAUUCCUUCCUCUGGAGGAACUUCAAGUGUUGGAUUUAAGUGAAAAUUGUCUCUCAGAUUUAAACGGAACGCUACACCUGAAGAAAUUGAAGGAGCUAUAUCUAUCUAACAAUUAUCUACAGCAAGUCCCCUCAUUGUACAAGCAAACUUCGGCGGAGGCCCAAAAUGUAUCUUCCAAUCAACUUGAAGGU